AUGGGAAAGAACAGUGAGGACCAGGAGGGGGAGACAGGGAAGGGGAAGCCCAAGGUAAAGCUGAAAGGCGACCGGGAGAAAUUUUCUGUGGCGCGGGCCUUCUCAAGUUUCCUCAAGGAUGGACCGGAGCCUGAGGAGUCAAGACUCGAGGGGGAGACCCCACCCCCUUUUGCCCCCCUUGGAGGCUUCGGGCCAGCUGGCAUUGGCUGGAUGCUGGCGCUCGUCAGCGCGGUGAACACGAGAGCAGCAGAAUAUCGGAUUAAAGAACUUGCGCGCGUUCAGCCGGAUCAAAGCGCAGACGCGGGAUGGGAGAGGAAUCCACAGUGGUACUCCAUCCACUACGGCAUCCAGAGGCGUGAGAUUGGAAAAAUCGCAAGAUGGCGGGAGUGUCCGAGUGGGUGGGAAAAGGUGUCACUUGAGGGCUCCAAAAGUCAUUUUGCGCUGGCUCGACACCUCUCUGAUCUGACAGCUGAGGCGUAUCCAGAUUGCGCUUGUACCACCUUUUUUUGCAGGUACAAGCUUCUCCCAGGGCUCCAGGGGACCUCGACCAGACCACACGCCCACGCCCCCUCCAACUGCUCUGUUCAGGUUCUGCAUAUCAUGCCUUCUACAUCGGGCGCAUCAAAGAGCGGACUACAAACGCUGUUGCCUUCUUCACGGCCACGCAAGGUACAAACAAGAGAGGAAGCUCCCAUCUCGUACCUUAGGUAUCCUACCCAAGGUAUCCGUACCUCCCUUACGAAAACACUAUCCCGUCCCGCACCCCAUGCAUUUACGGGGGUUUCGACGGCUCGCUACAGCACCAAGCUCCCCCUGGAAGCCCGCAAAUCAGCCUUACAACCCACCCCCGGCACCUGCGCAAAUGUUACAAAAUCGAGACCGGAUAGUCCGAUCCCUGCCCAAGGCUGGGCUAUCAAAAGAGUGGCGUGUUGUCAUAUUGCCUACACCGACCUCACCGAGAUGAAUGAGCUCUAUGCCAAAAGCUGCUAA